AUGAUAAAUGGUAGGAAAAACAGAAGUGUGAAAACAAAAAAUUAUAUCAUAAAUGUCAACUGCUACACGUGGAUUAACAACAGCCAUGGGCUGUUCGACUAUGAGAGCGAGAAUUUUUACAAAAAAUGCUUUAAGAUAAAAUGCCUGUACAAUUACUACUACAUACUGAAGGAUGACAUUAACGUGGAAAUUAAAAAUGAAGAAGAAAUAAAUAAAAUAAAAUUAAACAAUUCCAAUAUGAAGCUGAUAUGUAAAAUAAAGUAUAUAAAUAAUAAUUACCAGUUGAUACCAUGUAUUGAGAGUACGAACGACGGGUCCAGCACUGCGGGACGGACCACAGGCGGCCUGCCGCACGGAGGCAACGAUGAGGCCAGCAGGGACAAUAACGAGAUUGGCGCGAACGGCGGCGGUAACGGUGGCGGUAACGGUGGCGGUAACGGUGGCGGCAACGGUGGCAGUAACAACCGCGGUAACGCAGAUAGCAGUGUCGGUAACAGCCGCGGUGAUAACAACCGCGUAGAUAACAACCGCGGAGAUAACAACCGCGAGGAGGGUGACCAGGGAGACAGCGGAGGAAACGACGCAGAAAACUUCUGGGUCAUUGUGAAGUACCUAAAGAACAAAAGCUCCAUACUGCAUGAGGAUGAUAUUAUAAAGCUGGGCAGGGUGAAGUUGAAAAUAAAAAAAAUUAUCACCAAUUUGCAACAAGAGAGGGAGUACAACAAAUCUUUGUCUCCCCUCGACGAUGAUGAAUGCGAAACGGACACCCCAGAAAUGGUUGGCCCGGGGGGUAGUGCCCCGGGGGGUAGUGGUCCUGGAGUGGUUCGCCAUGGGAUGCGUACUCCAGGGAUGUGUACCCCAGGGAUGGAAGGUCCCACGGGAGGAAACGCCCUAAUUGAUAAAAACACCACUUCGAAUAACUACGUCAGCGGAAGCAUCAACCCGCAUGUCUCCCUUCACAGUAGACAACGGCAGGAAGAUGAGAAUAUGUGCAUUAAUUGUGGUGCAGUCAGUAACGGUGUGGAGGAUAGCUACAACUUGUAUGACGAUGUGGACGAGGGGGAUGAUGUUAGCGAUGCAGUGGAGGGGGGGAGCGAGCUGCCCAGAGAGGGGGAAAGCUUCUUUGGGAGAAGUACCAAUGGUAAUAGGAGUGAAGCAAAUCGACCACAAGAAAGUGACAUCAAUUUAGCAACGAACAAUUCCUACGUGGAUGAUUUUUAUCUUUUUAAGGGCAACGUGCAGAAUGGGGAAGUGAAUGGAGAGUACCGCAAAGGAGGAAGGAGAGGCACACAAAGUAAGAACGGGCAGAAUGAAGAUGACGUAGCAGUGUUCAGUGAAUCCCCAUUUGGUGGAGUAUUAAACCAAUCCUCAAAGGGGAAGACCAAGAAUGGAGGUAGUACCCCUAUUGACAAGCACACUAUCAAGACCUCACGUGCGAGAAAACAUGACAGUGACGCGAAAAAUCUGUUGUUAGAAUCGAAUGCUAAUUGCAGUGGUGCGAUAAGCGAAAUAGACAACAAUGAUGGUGGGAUGAAUUCCAAAAGAGACAAAACAGAGGGGGGAGUAAAACAAAUAAAGAAUAUCGUGCCAAACGAACAAGCAGCUUCGUCUAACUUAGAACAACCCUCCUAUGAUUCUAAUGUGGGAAACUCAAACUGUUCAGUUCGUAGCCCCAAUUGGGAGAACCUAACAGGGGAAAUCAAUUCGAUACGUAGUAAAGCAAGUGGGAAUAAUGCCCCUUCUGGAAGGGCGCUGAGAGAAGGAAGCGUCACACCGAAUAGCAGUAACAACCUUGUAAAUUUUAUGGGCUGUAGUGAUGAAUUGGGGAAUAUAAACGAAAACCAAGAAGGAAGAAGUAGCAGUAAUAACGAAGAUUUAUUCAAAUUUAUGAGAAAGAGAACCACAUGUAUGAGCAUGUCCUGUGCGAGUAAAGGGAAGGCCACAUCCACGACAGAUUAUCAAACCAUCCAAUCCAAAGACCUGACUCAGCAAAAUAAACAUGAAGUAGGAAUUCCCAGCAUGUAUAACUGUAGAAUAUGUCUCUGUGAAUAUGAGAAUGAAAAUAACCCAUUGAUAUCACCAUGUAAAUGUAAAGGAUCUAUGAAGUAUGUGCAUUUAAAUUGCAUAAGGACAUGGAUGAGGGGGAGAUUAAACCAAUUAAAUUGUGAACUGUGUAAAUUCCCCUACCCAACAUAUAUUUUUUUACAAAAUAAAUACUUGGAGCUGUAUGAAAUUCCCAAACUAGACCUUCCCUACAUCAUCAUCGAAUUAAUGAAUGACAGAAACAAGGGGUUCUACAUUGUCAGUUUAGCUAACACAAAAUGUGUUCGGAUGGGUAGAGGUCAUGACACAGAUGUACGUGUGAAUGACAUAUCCGUGUCUAGAUUCCAUGCCAUGAUUAAAUUUUACAACGGAAAUUUUUAUAUAGAAGAUUGUAAAAGCAAAUUUGGAACCCUCAUUCAGAUAAGGAAACCAGUUUUUUUCAACAUCAGAAGAAACAAAUUCAUCGCUCUGCAAGUUGGACGAACUGUUAUGUAUGUAUAUAUGAAGAGAAAAAAUUGGAUAUUUCUACCUAUUUGUUUGAAGCUUUCCAAAACGAAGGAUGAGGAUGUUAGCACAUUGGAUAAUUUUUCUUCCAAAUUGAUCAUCGAUAAUAAUAUGCAGUUAGAGAACAGCAACUUUGAGUACAGCAGGGAUGGUGAGGGGGAAGCUGCUAAUUACGAACGUGCGAAUGAGGGGGUGGAUGGUCCCGUGGUGGAUAGCCCCGUGGUGGAUGGCCCCGUGGUGGAUGGUCCCGUGGUGGAUGGCCCCGUGGUGGAUAAUCCCAUAGUGGAUAGCCCCAUGGUGGGUAACCCCGUUGUGGAUAGCCCCGCGAUGGAUUUAGGAAAUGCUGCUGUGGGGGGGCACGUCGGGCCGGAGGACUUGAACGAAGCCAACACGCACAACAACAGCAGCGCGCAGGAUUUGAACCUGGACAGCACGGGCAGCAUCGAAAACGCCACGCCCAGCGCGCCUAGUGGUGCGCCGCGCAACCCCGAUGACGCUGCGAAGAGCGCCGACCCUUACGAAAGCAGACGCGCGGGCAACAGUGCGGGCAACGGUGGGGGCAACAGCGUGGGCAACAGCGCGGGCAGCAGAGUGGACAGCAGAGUGGACAGCAGUGUCUCCCGGAACGUUAUGAAUGGAGGCGUCGCCCCCGGUUAUUAUUAA